AUGUGCGCGCUCGCGCCGCUGCAGCGGAAGCAGCUGCUGCUGCAGCAGCAGCAGCAGCCACAGCAGCAGCAGCAGCAGCAGCAGCCACAGCAGCAGCAGCAGCAGCAGCAGCAACAGCAGCAGUUGCAGCAGCAGCAGCAGCAGCAGCAGCCACUGAAGCGAAAGCGCAGCGGCGACUACGACAGCAAAGAUAGCGUCGAAGUCGCAAAUUCGGAUUCCGUUGCUGCUGCUGCUGCUGCUGCUGCUGCUGCUGCUGCUGCUCCGGGUGAUGCAGCAGCGUCAGCAGCGACAGACACAGCGGCAGCAAAGGCAGCAGCAGCAGCAGCAGCAGCGCUGCCGGCAGCUCCGGCGGCUGCUGCUGUUGCAGCAGCAGCCGAACAGGCAGCAGCAUCAUAG